ACAUAAAAAAAAAUAUUAUACAAAAGACUUGGCUGUAUGGGCCUCCUCAAUGAAACGAGGGAAUAAACCAAAAAAUACUGGUUCAGCCAUGGAAUUUGUAGGUACUCCGUAAACGAAGUACUUAUUAAAUCCAUGGGUUAAACUCACUCAAGAAAAUAAAUAUCAGAAAAAAAUUAAUGACUUCUAAACAUCAACUGCCAAAGCGUCAAAAAUUUGUCAAACCCUAAAAAGUCGUUGACGAGAAAAAAAUAUUUUUAUUUGAAUUAUUUACAAUUUUUUAUCAGGAAAGAAAUGUCCGUCUUCGAUGGAGAGAUCGAAUUCCAAACCGUUUACAUGAUUGACUAUCCGAAAAAAACAAAACCUAAAAGUCCCCGUCGCAAAGCGGUGGACGACAACUGUCUGAUAGUGGGAGUAAGCCGGGACGCUCUGAAGGCUAAGGAAGCACCCAGACGCUGCCCUGACGUGCUGUGUCCCAUCGAUCAUGAAUACUAUAAGGAGGCAGUCAAACGGUUUUCAGAAGACCAUCCGAGGCUUACAAAGAUUUACAUGUCAAAGGACAUUGAUCCUAAACCCAUAGACAAUGAGAUACAGGACCUGAAGAGGACAGAGUAUUUGACAAAGUAUUGUUCGAGGGAACUGCCUUUCAUGUCCGUGAACCUGGCUCGACGCGCCCGCGCCCUUCAAACCCUUCGCCUUCCUGACGACAUCUACAUACCCGACACUAGCCAGAAGGGCUCCUACCGCGCGCCCAGGCCUGAGAAGUACGCUGAGCCGCCGUCAGCAAUGUCCAUGAGGCCGAAAUACGAUCCUUCUUUGAUACAGGAGCUCCGACGUAUUCAACGUAUCAGGACCGGCGACACGACAUACCAAGCGUGCCACAGCCUGCUGGCCAGGGUAAUUCUAGACGAGCAACCGUUUGGACCCGCCAGGGAAGAGCCAGCCUACGGAAGGUGGCUCAACCCCUACACCUAUACUUACAGGAUUUAAUUUGUUGUUAAAAUUCUACAUAUUUUAGAAUAUAUUCAUAAAAAUAUUUGCCAUUUGGACCCACGAGGGAAGAAUCUGCCCACGGGAGGUGACUCAAUAUAUUUAUUUGUCCUGUAAAUGCGCGCGGAAAAUAUAAUUAUUGUUCUGUAAAUAUAGCGGUCCUGUAAAUAUAUUGAGUCUCCAUAAUCAUUUUUUUUUUUAAUUUCUGCUUAUCGAGUGACCAUGUGGAUGUAGUUUUAUAUGUUAGAUCUAUUAUACCUACGUGUUUUCUAAUAAAUUACCUAUUACGUUAUUAUA